AGAUGAGCCUGCAGAGCCUGAUGGUGGCAGUUCCAACACCUUUCUCUUCCAUGGCUCCUGGGAGGAGAGUAAUAGCUGGGGCGGCUGGCCGGGGUGGCCCUAAACACCUUGGAGGGGGCGUGGGUAGGUGGCCAGAUGAUCGUGAAGGAUUCACAGACACAUCCCCCACUUGCUGGGGAGCGGAAGUUCCCUAUGAGCCAAGGGUCUCACUCCCCCUCCAAGCUAGCCCAGAGCACACGAAGCCAGACUGCCCAGGCCCCUCCCCCGUCCCUGCAGCCCCUCCCCUGUCCCUGCAGCCCCUCCCCGUCCCUGCAGCCGUGUGGCUCCUCGCUCUGAUCUGGCAGAGUGCAGGAGGACUUCCUGAGGUUUGACUGACAGCCCCGCCGUUCCCUCUGACUCCUAGGGACCGCCUGCCCACCUCAGUCUGGACGCUGGGAGGCAAAGUAGACAGGGCCCCAGAAGUCACGUUUACUAAUGAAUCCAAGCUGUUAGAACAAAUGUCAAAGUUAUACUUGCCGUUUCCCGGCCUAGAUGCGCCUCCCCUGGCUUGUUCCUAGAAUCUACCCGUAAGUGGAAUUCUUGUAAAGUGGAUUAUUCGGAGGACCUUGACAUUUAAAGGAAUCAUGUUGUAAGGCUUUUGGUAAAGCAAAAAAUCGUAUUGUCAGUAAAGGGCUUCAGUGAUACCGGGUUUGAAUGAUUCGAUUUUUGUCCGUAGGAUUUUCCUACAAGUGCAGAAUGACUAGCCGCACGGAGGUCCUUCUACGAUUCAUUCAGCAGCCAGUUAGUAAACGCCCACCUCGUGGCAGGUGUUAGGCUAAUGGCGUAUGACGUAGCGUCCCUGGGCCUCGGAAGCUUGCCUCCUGGGCGGGAAGGCAGACAGGGAGGCAGAGAGAGUAGAGCCAGGGGAGCGCCUGGCCCCGGAUUUAUCCUCUUCCUCCGAGCGGAGGGGAACUUUGUUGAAUGCCCGUGAGCCAUGCGGGACGCAAGAGGAACGCAGUGAUACAUCUCAGGGUGUCGCCACUGCUUUCUAAGGGGUUCCCAGUCCAGUGGGGAGAGAGACACAAAUACAAAACCAGACGUUUGUGCGAGGGGGCAGGGCCGAGCUCGCCCGAGUUGGGCGCACUGCUGUGUGGCCGGCUUUGGUGCUGUCCCUCCUGCGUGACGGCGGAGGGGCUGGGACAGAGUCGCUGUGGACGGCGGAGGGGCUGGGACAGAGUCGCUGUGGUGCCUGUCGGCAGGGGCUGGCGAGCCCACUUGGCCUUUCAGACCGCAUCCACGGGACACCGCUGCUGAGUCUGGUGCCUGAGCAAAGACGUGGCUGGUGACAGCAUGACGAGCGAAGUGAUCGAGGACGAGAAACAAUUCUAUUCCAAGGCCAAGACGUACUGGAAGGAGGUCCCGGCCACCGUGGACGGCAUGCUCGGGGGGUAUGGCCACAUCUCCAGCAUCGACAUCAGCAGCUCCCGGAAGUUCCUGCAGAGGUUUCUGAGGGAAGGCCCAAACAAGACGGGAACCUCGUAUGCCCUGGACUGCGGAGCUGGCAUCGGAAGGGUCACCAAGAGGCUGCUCUUGCCUCUCUUUGGAGUGGUGGACAUGGUGGACGUGACGGAGGACUUCCUGGUCAAGGCUAAGACCUACCUGGGUGAGGAAGGCAAGAGAGUGAGGAACUUCUUCUGCUGCGGCCUCCAGGACUUCAGCCCGGAGCCCCACUCUUACGACGUCAUCUGGAUCCAGUGGGUGAUAGGCCACCUGACCGAUCAGCACCUGGCUGAGUUCCUGCGGCGCUGCAAGCAGGGCCUCCGCCCCAACGGCAUCAUCGUCAUCAAAGACAACAUGGCCCAGGAGGGCGUGGUCCUGGACGACGUGGACAGCAGCGUGUGCCGGGACCUCGACGUGGUCCACGGGAUCGUCCGCAGCGCGGGCCUCGGCCUCCUGGCCCAAGAGCGGCAGGAGAACCUUCCGGACGAGAUCUACCACGUCUACAGCUUAGCCCUGAGAUGAGCGGGGCUGGCAGGAGAGAGGGACCAGUGUGGGGUGGGGGAGGACUGGCAGCCGCGUGAGGUCCACGAGCUCAGCCUCGACGGUUCGCGAGUGUCGAGCGGGGCCGCUAAAUAUACCUGUCUGCCGUCCACU